AAACACCGGCCGUCCAUACCGGAAGUCAAAGGAACAGUGGAAGAAGUAGGGCAAACACAGCACAGGAGAGGAGGCUCGCAUUGCUGAAGAGCAGUCACUACUUUUUUAACUUUAGAGGCUCGUUUUUUCUAAAUAUUUAACACUUGAGCCGCUGUUAAACCAAACCGGAAAACGACGAAGUCUCCCCACUGUUACCGAUCAGUCCAGAAUCAUGUCACGACAGAUGGGAGACAGCCAUCGACGGUUCCUGCAGACCAUGAUGGCCAAUGGCAUGGUUGAUGAACAGGGGGCAAAGAGGGUCUACCAAUAUUGUUGUGAAAUCCACAACACCCAGCACGCUCCUGACAAACUGGAUGAUUUCAUUGAAACCAUCAACUCGAAGCUGCAGCCCAUGUUCAUGAAUAUUAGAAAAGGGAUGUCUGAAGAGAGCGGUGAUCAGUUCUACGCCUUGGUGAACAUGGCAGAGACUCAUGUCACCCGUAUGACGUCAGAUUAUGCUGACAAUGAGCUAGAGCUGUUCAGGAAAACGCUGGACUUGAUCGUUUAUUCCGAGAAGGGCAAUGCCUCAUCCACUGAUAUUCUGAACAGUGCUGACACCAUGACCACCAAAAAGCUGAAGAAGAGCGAGACACAGCAGCUCUUGAACCGUCUCGUGCAUGACAACUGGCUCAAUGAGAAACGGGGUGAAUACACUUUGUCCACCAGAUGCAUUAUCGAGAUGGAGCCAUACAUUCGCACAAUGUAUCAGGACCAGGUCAAGGUGUGCCACAUCUGUCGCAACAUUGCUUUCCAGUGCCAAAUUUGUGAGAACCCUACUUGUGGUAUAAAAAUUCACAACCCAUGUGUGGCCCGAUACUAUAAAGGGAAAGCAGAGCCAAGGUGUCCAGCUUGUGAGGACUUUUGGCCCCAUGAAAUCCCAGAAGUCAGGCGGCCCAGGUCUCAGUCCAGAAAAUGAGCCCAGCUUCAAAUGGUUUUUUAAAACUUGUUUUCAACUUUACCAUGUUACAAAAACCUGUUAAUAUGAUUUACUUUAUAGUUAUUUUUACAAAAAUAAAAUGUUUCACAAAAAUGUC